UCACAUGUGCAGACAAUUUCAUGUUUUCCUAUUGCUCUUUUUUUUUAUUAUUAACUUAAGACAAGGCUAACUGAUCAUGCAGUUCAGAAUGUCUUGCAUGUAAAGAUUGUGGAAAACAGAAAAAACUUACGAGCAGCAAUCCAUUGCCUUGCCAGGAGGUGGAGGAGCCAGGGACUGUGGCUUUUUGGUCAGCCUGGCCUGUGGUGACUAUAGUUGAAUGCUACUCACAUGAUUUGGUCCUCAUGCACUUGCAUCUAUUAGAUAUUAUGGAAGCUACGUCAGAAAACAUGAUAAAUCUCCGAGUAGGACAGACCGGCGUUGGCCGGGUGACGGGUGGGGAUGAUGACACGCUUGGGGUGGGAGAAACUUCCAUUGGGUCUCCUCCCUCUCCCAUUGGCCUGCGCUACACCUCAGACAAGCACUCCAAGGUGGCGCUGGCCAACAUCAACAUGCUGCAGAAACGGCGGGAGUUGUGUGAUGUGGUUCUCAUUGUGGGCAGCCGAAAGAUUUUUGCACACAGAGUGAUCCUCUCAGCAUGCAGCCCCUACUUCCAUGCCAUGUUCACCUCUGAGCUACUGGAGGCUCGGCUGACAGAGGUUCCAAUCCGUGACAUUGAUGAGGAUGCUGUUGAUCUGCUUGUCAAUUUCUGCUACACCUCAGAGAUCACCAUUGAGGAAUCCAAUGUACAGACUCUCCUGCCUGCUGCUUGCUUGCUUCAUUUGCAAGAAAUUCAAGAUGUCUGUUGUGAGUUCUUAAAGCAGCAGCUGCAUCCAUCUAAUUGCCUUGGCAUUCGGGCCUUUGCUGACACCCAUGCCUGCAGGGACCUCCUUCGCAUUGCUGAUAAGUUCACUCAGCAUAACUUUCAGGAGGUGAUGGAGGGUGAGGAGUUUAUGGAUCUACCAGUGCGUCAACUGAUGGAUAUCAUCUCCAGUGAUGAACUUAAUGUGAGGUCAGAGGAACAAGUGUUCAGUGCAGUGAUGGCUUGGAUCAAAUACAAUGUCACUGAGCGACGUCCCUACCUGGCUCGGGUUCUAGAACAUGUGAGGCUGCCGCUCCUCAGCCCUAAGUUUCUUGUUGGCACUGUAGGGUCAGAUCUCCUCAUAAAGAGUGAUGAGGCAUGCCGAGAUCUUGUAGAUGAGGCCAAGAACUAUCUGUUGCUGCCCCAGGAGCGACCUCUCAUGCAGGGGCCGCGGACACGACCGCGCAAACCUAUCAAGACUGGGGAAGUCCUCUUUGCAGUGGGUGGUUGGUGCAGUGGUGAUGCCAUUGCCUCGGUGGAGAGGUUUGACCCCACCACGUGUGAGUGGCGGAUGGUGGCACCAAUGAGCAAGCGGAGAUGUGGAGUUGGGGUGGCAGUGCUGUCAGACCUCUUGUAUGCGGUGGGUGGCCAUGAUGGGCAGUCAUACCUGAACAGUGUGGAAAGGUAUGAUCCUCAAACGAACCAGUGGCUGUGUGAAGUGGCUCCAACUAGCACUUGCCGCACCAGUGUGGGUGUGGCUGUGCUGGAUGGUUACCUGUAUGCUGUGGGUGGCCAGGAUGGUGUUUCCUGCCUCAAUGUGGUGGAGAGGUAUGACCCCCAGAGUAACAGAUGGACUAAAGUGGCUUCCAUGAACACAAGGCGGCUGGGUGUGGCAGUGGCUGUAUUGGGUGGCUUCCUGUAUGCUGUGGGUGGAUCAGAUGGCCAGAGUCCACUAAACACAGUGGAGCGCUAUGAUCCCAAAGUGAACAAGUGGGUCAUGAUGCCGGCCAUGAGCACUCGCCGCAAACACCUAGGCUGUGCCGUGUACAACAACAUGAUCUAUGCCGUUGGUGGUCGUGAUGACUGCACAGAACUGUCCAGUGCUGAGCGUUACAAUCCUCAUACUAAUCAGUGGAGUCCUAUUGUGGCUAUGACCUCUAGGAGAAGUGGGGUGGGUCUGGCUGUGGUAAAUGGCAUGCUGUAUGCAGUGGGAGGCUUUGAUGGUGCCACCUACCUCAAAACCAUCGAGGUGUAUGACCCUGACCAGAACCACUGGCGGUUGUGUGGCUCCAUGAACUACCGAAGACUGGGCGGAGGCGUGGGCGUUGUCAAGCUUCCCCACAAUGAAGCACAUCUGUGGUGAUUAAACGAAGGGCUAGAAUUCUGGCUUGGGGUUACUGUCAGUGGAAAACUAGGAGUCAGAAACAACGGACUUCAUUAAACUUUUAGAAUGAGGAAGAGGGAAAUGUAGGCCACAAUGCUUUAAGUAGUGUUAAUUGGUAUUGUCUGUGUGUGUGUGUGUGUGUGUGUGUGUGUGUGUGUGUGUGUGUGUGUGUGUGUGUGUGUGUUUGUGUGUGUGUGUUGUUACAGGAUAGGAUGUGCUGAGCAACCAGGAAAUCACAAUGACAAUGUAUGCGUAUGUAUGUAGUACGUGAGUAUGACACUUAAGUUGGUUUCCUUUUUUUUUUUCCCAGUUACCUAAUUCAGUUGUCUUGCAGCAGCAUGCAUGCAAAAUAUUGUCUUGCUAAUGAACUUGUGUUGCUCAGAGGUUAUUUGAAGGUACAGCUAUGAGUGGGUUGUGACAAGAACUGAUUUGCAAGCAUUCUAAAACUUGGAAAUUUGAAAGGAAAUAUUAACUCCAAUUAUCAUGCUAGAAUUCUGCCUAUUAGGAUCACAUGAAAAUAUACUAUUGAACAUUUACAAUAUAAUUGAUUAUCUAGGCUUAUGAUAAGCAGGCCAGACCAAAUGUGUAAUGGUGGUGGUGUUAAUGGUGGAGGUGGUGAAGUUAUUCCCUUUAAGUAACAACAAAGAUUAUUUUGUAAGGAAUAGAUAUGUUUACUGGACUGUUGGUCAUUUAAUACACUUUGGUGGCAUGCUGGUGUAUCUCAUUAUAGGGCAUUCUCUCAUUGCUUGGCUAGUCUGUGUGACUUGUGGAUGCCUCUUAUAGUCAGAAUUUUAAUGUUCUAUUGACUUACGGGAAAAGGGACGUGUAUUUUCAAUACCUUUUUAACAAAGAGAGUUUUCCACUAAUUGUGCUAAAAGAUUAAAAGUAUUAAAGAUACACACACACACACACACACACACACACGA